AUGAGCCUAGCGGGCUGUUGCCUUGAUGAAAAGUGUGUCGAGCACCGGGCUGACCCGGCGGGUGACAUGUGGGCCUCUAACAACGCCGAAGUGAGCCCUGAAAGUCAGUCGUUACUGCGUGCCUUCAACGAGGACACACACGCUGGCAAAGUUUACCUGGCGGGGAGAGAGUAUUUGGGGGAAGACGGACAGACAUUUAAGUUGCGUCUCGUUGGGAAAAUCCGGCAGCAGUUAGGGAGAGAUCCCACCUUGCGUCCAGAGGCUCAAUGUCUGUUUGCUCAAGCAGAGUUCUGCAGGCGAGCUACAGAAGCAGCUUUGGGCCGCAACUCCAAGGCUGUUUUGGAUAACAGGGUGUUAAGUGUGCAUACUCCGGAUUUUUCCGGUGCUGUUCGUCUUGGUGCGGUACUUUUUAGACACUGGUUUGAUGUCGGCAACGCUUGGGAUGGACAAGUCUACCUGCCCUCUCCUUGUGAUGAGUCACUGGCUUCAAACUUGCGAGCUGCAGGCCUUCACCACAUCCAUCACUAUUAUUACUGGGAUGAUGAGCGGCGAGGUGUUUGUUUGGAGAAGCUUCUCGCGGAUCUACAAGAGGCUCCCGAGCGAAGUGUUGUUAUUUUGCCAGCUGGUGGACACAACCCCACCGGAGCAGCCCUCUCUCACAAUCAAUGGGUCAUCAUCGCACAGUUAAUCUUGAGGCGUGGGCUGCACCCCUUCAUCUUGCUGCCAACACAGGCUCUUUGCUUUGGAGAUUUAGGACAGGAUGCGUGGCCUGUGUGGUACUUUGCAGCACAGGGCAUGGAGCUGAUGUGCGCUCAGUCCUUCUCACACUGCUUUGGGCUCUAUGGUGAGGCUGUCGGUCACCUAUUGUGUGUGUUGAAGCACAAGUCUGUCCUGUCUGCUCUUCAGUCGCAAGCGGACAAAUUGUCCCAGUCUCUGUGGAGCCGGCUGCCUACAGGUGGAGCGCGUGUGGUCACCACCAUACUCAGUAACCCGGCUCAUCUUGUGGAAUGGCAGGGAGAAGUCAAUCACAUGGUCAAAAGAAGCAUGCUCAUCAGGCUACUCUUGAGAGAAAAACUGCGACUUCUGGGCUCUCCAGGCUGGGACCACGUGACCAAACAAAGUGGACUCUACUGUUGCCUGGGCCUGAAUGGCCGGCACGUGGAUUUUCUGUCAAACAGCAGGCAUGUUUACGUGCUCCCCGGUGGCUGCAUCAAUGUGAGCGCAAUCAACGGCGGUAACUUGAAUUACAUCGCAGAGUCCAUCCACGCAGCGAGCACUUCACUCUGACUGAGCAGCUGACUUUUGGCCGGUGUCAGCGAGGCUCCACUGAUUGGACCUUUCACCUAGAAGGGCACCAUGUGUGCUCGACUGUUGCUUACUAAAGAAAAGUCCAGCCUAUGUCUUCUUAGUAGUUUACAUCCAAGUUUUCCUGUGCAGUCAAAUCUCUCUCGUGAGUCAAACUUUUUCCUCAUCGGAAAUAAGAGCUUCAGAGGAUUCUUUCAAGUACCAGUAAAAUGGAAAAACAAGUUGCCUCUAUAAUGAAGCUUUUAUUAUAUACCGUAUUUCCUUAAAUUAGCGCCGGGGCGGUAAUUAAUUUAAAUCCUCUUCUCACUCCGGCGCUUACCAAAGGCAUGCGGUAAAUUCAGGCAUGCGCUUAUAAAUUUGAGUGUGAUGUAAUUUGAUUGAUUGAAACUUUUAUUAGUAGAUUGCACAGCUCAGUACAUAUUCCGUACAAUUGACCACUAAAUGGUAACACCCGAAUAAGUUUUUCAACUUGUUUAAGUCGGGGUCCACGUUAAUCAAUUCAUGGUACAAAUAUAUACUAUCAGCAUAAUACAGUCAUCACACAAGUUAAUCAUCAUUGAAUUAUUUACAUUAUUUACAAUCCAGGGGGUGGGAUGAGGAGCUUUGGUUGAUAUCAGUACUUCAGUCAUCAACAAUUGCAUCAACAUAGAAAUGGACAUUGAAACAGUGUAGGUCUUACUUGGUAGGAUAUGUACAGAGAGCAGAGAACAUAGUAAGUUCAGAUAGCAUAAGAACAAGUAUAUACAUUAGAAAUACAUUUGAUUAUUUACAUUAGGUUAUUUACAAUCCGGGGAGAUGGGAUGUGAAUGGAAGAGGGUAAAGAUACCAUCAUGAAAAGCACAUUUAAUAAAAAAAAAAGUUUUUAUGUAGCAUAAAAAAUGCAGAUGGCCUUAAAAUGCCACAACACUCAGUCACUGUAUGUAAGUACCCAAAAUAAAGACUCGACACAAAUAUAAAUUCAAUCGGAUCAGAAACAUUGGAAGAAACAGGAUUAAAACCCGAAGCUAACCGCCCAUAGAAAAUAAAUGGGUACGGCUAGUAGCUACUAUCAGCAAACAAAUUUACUUACCAACUCGGCUUAAUAUCUUAAUAUCGCCACACUCUCUCAUCGCAACUCGGCCCUGAUGGUCGGCACCAAUAAGUUUACAAUUAGUUGUAAAAUGUUGGACGGUUGUUUUUACGACAUGCAGGCAAACGACAAGUUUAAAACAUACCGGCAUCAGAUGUCCCCAGGCUUAGCGACCGCACUUGGCAGCCAUCUUGGAACGCUGGAUUAUAUAGAGCGCGAUAGGCUGCAGCGGGUCACAUGAACGCCUGUGUUAAACCUGCGAGAUUAAACGUGGAAACGGCGCAGGUAAUAUGAGGGGACGCCAUGAGAGGAAAUAUGGCGUAUUUCCCACCCGUGUUACACAUUUAUGCAUGACGAGUUUGACCCGGCGGUAAAACGAGAUAUAUGCUAAUUAUUCUGUGAAAUGAGUUUGAUCCGGCAGUAAACCGAGGCAUGCGCUAAUUAUUUUGCUAAACAAGUUUGACCCGGCAGUAAUUCUAAGCAUGCGCUAAUUCUAAGCAUGCACUAAUUAUUUUGCAAAACGAGUUUGACCCUGCGGUAAAACGAGUCAUGUGGAUAAUAUAUACCCAGCGGCAAUUCAAGGAAAUACGGUAUAUCUCUGUUCUGCCCUCACUAUACGUGUUGAGGUUAUACAACUUGGCAGAAAGCUAACAAACAAUCCAGGACGUUCUAAUAAAGAUCCAAAGCAGAUUAAUCCAUUUAGGCUCUUUACUGUUGUUGAUCUUGCUUUGUCUUUUUAGUAUCUUUACUUUCUUCUUCAAUCAAUCAAUCAAUGUUUAUUUAUAUAGCCCCAAAUCACAAAUGUCUCAAAGGACUGCACAAAUCAUUACGACUACAACAUCCUCGGAAGAACCCACAAAAGGGCAAGGAAAACUCACACCCAGUGGGCAGGGAGAAUUCACAUCCAGUGGGACGCCAGUGACAAUGCUGACUAUGAGGAACCUUG